AUGGGCGACUCAGCAAGGACCAAGCGGCGGGAGCAGCUCAAGCGCUGGGCCGGUUCCUGCACCGACAAAGCGUCGGCCUUGCCCCGGCGGAGGUGGCGAGGCGAUGUCGCGGAAAGAGGAACCGAAGAGCCGGAGGCCGAGCUGCAGGAACCGCCGUGUGAUGAACCCGUGUCCGGGGGCGACGAAAGUAGCCCACUCCUCAAACGACGAAAAAGGGUGAGGUUCGACAGAGCUGCAGAGUUCUUAGCAGCAUGCGCCAGCUGCGACACAGAAGAGGCCCGAUUGAUGCUGCAAGAGGCUGAAGUGAUGACGAGCAGCAACGAGGACGGCACAGAAAUGAUUAAUUGUUCCAAUGCUGAUGGAAUAACUGCGUUACAUCAGGCUUGCAUUGAUGGUAGCAUGGAGAUGGUGUCUUUUCUUUUGGAGAACGGUGCCAAUGUCAACCAGGUUGACAGCGAGGGCUGGACACCCCUGCACGUGGCUUCCUCCUGCGGAUACCGUGAAAUUGCAGAUUUCCUUUUGCGGCGCGGUGCUUCUCUCACUUCUGUCAACUGUGAUGGCGAAGUUCCUGUGGACAUCGCUCUGGAUGAAAACACUGAGGCACUUCUCCAGGAAUACAGUCUGAGACAAGGUGUAGACUUGGAGGCAGUAAAGCGGCUCGAGGAGGAGCAGAUCACAGCAGAUGCUCGGACCUGGCUGACUGAGGGACCGCCUGCUGACGUACGACAUCCCAGGACUGGCGCCACUCCUCUACACGUGGCUGCUGCCAAAGGCUAUGUGGAAGCGCUGAAGCUAUUGUGUCAAUGUGGGUUGGAUGUGUCGGCAACGGACUUUGACGGGUGGACUCCUCUUCAUGCUGCCGCACACUGGGGUCAGGGGGAGGCCUGCCACAUUUUAGCUGAACAUAUGUGCAAUAUGGAAGCUCGCAGCUGCUCAGGUCAAACGCCUUUGGAUGUAGCAGAUGAAAGUGUGGAGGAGCUUCUGGGGGAUUUAGUCGAGAAGCAAGCCAAUUGGCGUACCGAACAGUCUAGGAGAGAAUGGUACAACCAACAAGUUGUAACUGCACAAAAUAAAAAACGGAGGAGCUCAGUGUGCAGGAUGAGCAGUAAAGAGAAGUUGAACUUGCAGGACCAGUCUAAAGAGCGGGGCGUCUCAGCAGGCCUGGAUCUUAGCGAGGAGAAGGAGAGCAGUCCCGAAAGCUCCACUGUAUCCAGUCCAGACAAUGAGAGUGGAACCACAUCUGCAGCCAGUCCAGUUGACAAGAUAUCAGACGAGAGAGGUGGUGAGGAAGAAAAGGAACAGGACAAAGCGAGUCGCACUGCUCGAGUCCAGCCCACCCCUCAUACAAGGGACAGUACGUCUGAGAGUCCCAACACACCUACUACUGAGCGCCGCAAGUUUCAGGUUCCAGUCCGAGAUGAGGAGUCAGAGUCUCAGAGGAAAGCUCGCUCUCGACUCAUGCGACAGUCACGCCGCUCCACUCAGGGUGUGACCUUAACUGACCUAAAGGAAGCAGAGAAGACUAUGUCUAAAGCUGCUGAUCCCCUGCCGCGUAACAUUCAGCCUGUUAGCCCCAUCAUCACACCCACCCCUGCUGAGAGGGAUACGGACCCAGUGAAGCAGGAGGAGCCCGAGGGAGACAAGCGUCUGGGAGUGAAGGAUAGGAGGCGAUCCAGGAGAGAAAGGCGCUCCACUGGUGUCAUUCAGCCAGGCAGAGAAAAUGAUGACGAUGAUCCUCAUUUGGACGAUCCAAACAGCAACAACGACUCCUCCACGAGCGGAUUAGAGGACGGCAACUACAGGAUACUCUACUUCCAGGUACUGCAACAGAACCUGUCUCUGAAGGAGAAGGUGCAGGAGAUGGAACUGCUGCUCAGCCAAAAUAAAGUGGAGCUGGAGAGACUCAGACAGACUCAAGAUGGCAGCACGGACAGACCUGCUUUGUUGGAGCUGGAGAGAUAUGAGAAGUUGGCACUCCAGAGGAAAGCGGUGGAAUUGGAAGAUGAGUUGAAGGUUUUGGGAGACCUGAAAGUAGACAACCAGAGGCUCAAGGAUGAAAACGCUGCCCUCAUUCGAGUCAUCACCAAACUGUCCAGAUGA